UUAUAAUUUUUCUCUUCAAAUAUUCACUCAUUUCUUUCUCUCACACAAGAAAUUUAAAGAAGAAGAUUAAUCUCAAUGAAGCCUAUGAUUAAUUCAUCUCUUAUUUCAUCUUUCAUUAUACUACAACUCAUUUCCCAAACAAUAUCGAUUCGUCUACCUCCUACAACUAUUCGAGAUAAUAACAAGAUUGAAGCUAAUGGGAUUAUUCAUUCCAUUCCCACACAAGAAGACGACUUCACCAAUCUGAUGGGGAUGGAGAAAUGUGAAGACAGAGAUGAAGUUUGUUUAAAUAGAAGGAUGGUAGCUGAGGCUCACUUGGAUUAUAUAUAUACUCAAAACAAACCUAAGCCCUAAAGAGGGAUUAAAUAUCUAUCUACAUACAAAAGAAGUUUAAAUAUGAUAUUUUAUACCAACAAAGGUUGUUUUAGUUAAUUUAUCAUAAGAUGUAGUAUUAAUCUUUUAAUAAUGGACUAUAUGUUUUAUGAGAUAUUAAUGAGUAAUGGAAACUUUUAAUUGCUCUUU